UCCUCCUCCCCCUCCCCUUCCCUCCCUCCCCAGUCCAGCUGAUGCAGGCGGCACCGCUGCACGGUUUCAGCAAGAUGGCGGGAUCGGUGGCGGAGCGGGACGCGGUGAAAAUCGAGGAUGGGCAUUUAAACAACUCCUUGGGAUCCCCGGUGCAAGCGGAUGUGUAUUUUCCACGGCUGGUCGUCCCCUUUAGUGGGCACAUCAAAGGAGGAAUGAGGCCGGGAAAGAAGAUCUUAGUUAUGGGCAUAGUGGAUCUCAACCCUGAGAGCUUUGACAUCAGUCUCACAUGCGGGGACUCAGAAGAUCCUCCUGCAGAUGUAGCCAUUGAACUGAAAGCUGUAUUUCCAGACAGGCAGUUCCUUAGAAACUCUUGUGUAUCUGGUGAACGGGGGGAGGAACAGUCGUCAAUUCCAUACUUUCCCUUCAUUCCAGACCAGCCGUUUAGGGUUGAAAUUCUUUGUGAGCACCCCCGUUUUAGAAUAUUUGUGGAUGGACAUCAGCUUUUUGAUUUUUACCAUCGUAUUGAAACAUUGUCAGCAAUUGACACAAUAAAGAUAAAUGGAGAUCUUCAGCUUACUAAACUUGGCUGAACUUGUUAGAAACUGUAGAUUCCAAACUGGCUCAUGUGCCAUCAUCUGUCUGGAAGAUCAGUGACAGCUGGGUCUGGACACAACUGUAAUAGACAGGCUUCACUGUUUGUUUCCUGUGUGCAGUAAAGAAUAGUUGCUGAAUUGAAACUGUUGUUUAUCCUAAUGAAGAAAGCUGUUGAUUAAUAGACACUGAGCCAUUUUUCUUGGAACAAAAAAAUAACCCAUCCAUGCUGGAUAAUCAAAUUAGAAUGGAUUUGGAAAGACUUACAAUCCUGUCUUUAAAUUGCAGCAGCUAUUAAUCUUCUCACACAAAGGCAAUUUCUGAAAAGUGCUAAAAGCAGUUAUUGAACAGCUAUUUAAAACACACAUGCACCCUCAUACAAAGUUUUCUUUUACAAAUAUUGUACCUGCACUGAAGUGGAUUAGUGUAGCACCACACAGGGCCAAAUGAUGAACUCCUUAUCCAGGACCUGAGCCUGCUUCCACUGACAUCAAAAUAGUAAAACUCCCAUUGACGCCAAUGGGGCACAAUCAAACCUCCUAUCCUUACUUGAGCAUAAUUCCUAUAGAUUACUAUGGGAUUUUUGCCCUAGGGAGUAGCCAGAUCUUCAGCUGGGGCAAUCAGUGGAAGUUAAUUUGUUUCUGUGGAAUUAUGCUGACUACCCCCUAUGGAAGAUCUGGCCUCUAGGCCAUGCGAAAACUGUGUAAGGGCUUCAGGAUAGGGUCUGUAUAUUUUAGUCAGGGUAUUUGCAUAGAAUGUAGAUUGUUCAGAGUUUUGCACAUGUCAUGUUAAUACAAUUUUUAAAGCUUACCUGUAGUUUUAUUUAUUUAUACUCAUGUAUGUAUUAUUAGUAAAUAUGAUCAGGGGAUUACUGAUCAUUCAGAACAGCAAAGUAUAAGCAUUUUGAAUGUACACGUCUUAGGUUCUUUGGGUAAACGUAACAUAUUCUUGAAAUGAGUCACUUUUUUAUUGAACAGUUGAUUACAUUCUAAUGAUGUCCUCUAGGCCCACUGAUGGUGAAGGUCUGUUCAUGUAUUCACUAGAAACUGUUUUUCAGGGCUUUAUAACUUCGCUGUAAAUGGUAGGUCCAAGCUAAGGUGGAUUUGUUUUUCAAACUUAACUAGAAAAAAUUAAGUUUAAGUGUGCUUUUAUAAACUCAAGAACACAGUUACAUUUUACAGGCUACUAGUUCAAAAUAGGACUAGCCGUUUUGGGGGGUUGGUGGGAAAUUCUCUGCAUAUAUCCAAGGCCAUAAUUUGGUCCUUGAUGCUAAAUUGAAAACUGGUCUAGACAGCCAAGUUACUAACACUUGAAAAUCAGCUACUGCACAUGAAUAAUAACUUUUCCAAAUAGCUUUUUAAAUAAAUAGACAUAACUGUAUAAACACUGUAAUUGUUUUUUGUGAACACUAUGAAUAAACACAGUAACUUUUCA